UUGUAUUUAUUAGCCACAUAGUGGCGCUAUGGCAUUGUUUUUAGUUCGCGAUGUCCUCAACAAACCAGUUGUGCUCAAUGGCAGUCGUGCGCUGAGCUUGUGAUAUUGGUUGUGCUCCGUUUAGUCUGACUGACAAAUCUGUCCUCCAAUGAAAUCCUGCCUGAAUCUUACAGACGUCAUUCUCUACUGAAGAGAAAACUAAAUGCGAUUGUGUCACGUUUGGAUGAGAAACACUUUACAACUGGCCGCAGCUGGACACAACUGUAUCAGUUGACAAGUAGCUGACCAACGUACACUCGCAAGAAUACCAGUGGGCCAGGGCUAAAAACGUCUAGUUGUAGGCUUCAUGACGUAGCGACACUGCACUGCAUUCGAUGCACUGAAUUAGCUUUUUAGUUGUAGAAAAUUUGCAUACGUUUUUCACCUGGAUGCGGUGCUACAUUGCAAUUCGAGCGCUACAUGCACGGCACGUUUGUAAUACGCUGGGCUGGCUACGUUGUGCUGUUUGGCGAGGUUGCUAGCCAGUGACUGAUUGGAGGGACACAUUUAAAGCAAUCAAGCGGACUAAUAGCGACAGUAACUCCUGUUGUUGCUGGCGAUUCUGAAGGGACAAAAGGACAAAAUCCCAGAAAAACGAAGUAAGCGUAAAGAAUCAGAAGGGAUGACCGGGGUAGGAGCUGAGGAUGAUAUCCCGCUGAGUGAGAGAAAGACCGUCACUGACUUCUGCUACCUGCUGGACAAGUCCAAACAGCUCUUCAAUGGCUUGAGAGACCUCCCGCAGUACGGGCACAAGCAGUGGCAGUCCUACUUCGGCCGCACCUUCGACGUCUACACCAAGCUCUGGAAGUUCCAGCAGCAGCACAGACAGGUACUCGAUAAUCGGUAUGGCCUGAAGAGGUGGCAGAUUGGGGAGGUGGCUUCCAAAAUCGGACAGCUCUACUACCAUUACUAUUUACGCACUUCUGAAACCAGCUACCUGAACGAAGCGUUCUCCUUCUACUCGGCCAUCCGGCAGAGGUCCUACUAUUACCAGGUCAAUAAGGAGGACAGAUGCCUUUGUCUUCUUCCAGGGCCGGAGCUGGUGGUGAAGAAGUUGCGGUACUAUGCUCGCUACAUUGUCGUCUGUCUGCUGCUGAAUAAGAUGGACCUGGUCAAAGUCCUGGUGAAGGAACUGUCAGAGGAGAUAGAGGACUAUACGCAGCGCUUUAACACAGAGGACCAGCUGGAAUGGAACCUGGUUCUGCAGGAAGUUGCAGCGUUUGUGGAGGCGGAUCCUGUGAUAGUGCUGAACGAUGAAAACGCUGUGGUGAUCACAUCCAAUCGGCUGCAGGAAGGAGGCGUGCCCCAGCUGGAGCAGGGCAUGGUGGUUGGCCAGCUCACGCUGUCAGAUGCGCUUGUCGUUGGCAAUUGCAACAACCAGGUGAAGUUCAGUGAGCUGACUGUAGACAUGUUCCGCAUGCUCCAAGCUCUAGAGAGAGAACCUGUCAACCUGGCCACACAGAUGACCAAGCCUGGGACGCUGGAGCCCAGUGAAAAGCCAGCCAAGAGAGAGAACCCCCACAAGUACCUGCUGUACAAGCCCACCUUCAGCCAGCUCUACUCCUUCCUGUCCGCCUCCUUCAAGGAGCUGCCAGCCAACAGUGUGCUGCUGGUCUACCUCUCAGCCACUGGAGUCUUUCCCACUGGACACACCGAUUACGAAGGUCCCUAUGACUUUGGGGGAGUUCUGACCAACACCAACCGGGACGUGAUCAAUGGGGAGACAGUCCAGAAGAGGAGUCAGGCACAGAAAGAGAUGCACUGUCUCCAUCCAGGUGACCUCUACCCCUUCACUCGAAAGCCUCUCUUUGUGAUCGUGGACUCUUCAAACAGUUCGGCCUACAAGAAUUUCUCUAAUCUUUUUGGGCAGCCACUGGUGUGCCUGCUCUCGCCUACAGUGUACCCCAAGAGCAUGCAAGACCAAUCACAGCGAGGCAGCCUCUUCACCCUCUUCCUGUACAGCCCCCUGAUGGCCUUCCUCUCUGUGUGUGGCCUGAGCAGCAUGCGGCAGGGACUGUGGGAGAAGGCUCUGGAGUUCCUGCACAGAGUGUACGGUGACAUCGGCCAGAUGAUCACCCGUUCACACACCAUAGACCAAGCCUUCCUGCAGUUCUAUGGCGAUGAGUUCCUCCGGCUGCUCCUGAUCCGUUUCGUGUUCUGCUCGGCCACACUGAGGCUGCACAAGCUGUUCCGGGAGUCGCGCAGCUUCCCCGAGUCGUACCCGCAGCUGCCCAAACAGGACACGGUGGAGAGCAGCCUUCUCCAGAGGCACAUCCUGGAGCUGGCGGCCAUGUUGGAAGUGCAGAACCUCUUCUAUGACAACACCCUGUCUCUGGAUGACUACUGACCCCCUCAAUCUCACACACACACUCAUCUGAAGUCACAAAAUUUAUUUUUUUGGGGUGGGGGUUGGGAGGGGAAUUGUUUCCCCUCUUUUGUGAUGUUACAUAUUUUCUCACCUUUUUCUACUUUUUAAACUAGUUGGCCAUCACAGGGAUCUUAGUUUUAAACAUGGGCUAGCAAUUUUUUAAUUCCACUGCAGUUUGGUUUGUAUAUGUAGGGACACGCAGCUAGACAGACUGAUAGACACAAUUGCCUAUUGCUAAACAUAUUUACAUUAUCUACAUGCCAUGUACAUAAUAUAGACACACAAACACAAUUGAAUACAUUGUGCACUUAUGUUUGUCUGUGAAAAGGACAAAAGAUAACUGUGGGUGUUUUAGAAAUGAAGAUAAUAGCAAGAAUACAAACUGCCUGCAGUGAUUCCAUGAAGCUAGGCAGUAACUGAAUUAAAACCCAUUUUUGUUUCCUAGAUGUAGGGCUAAUGUCCUUGUUUUUGUGUGGCCAGGGCCAGGUUUACAUAAGUGGUGGGUAGUCUGUAGUAAAGAACAUUCUGCAUGUGUUUAUUGUCAACCUGUUGUUUUUACAGAUAUUGUGUUUUUGGCCUGCCUUUAGUCUUACUUUUCAUUUAGUGGACUUUCUUGUUAACGAGUAUGUUGCUUAAGGGGUUUGAAAUAUUUGAUUUAAUUUUUUAAGACUUCCUCUGUUGUCAUGCAUGAUUAGCUAGGUUUCUACAGGCCAUGGUAACAGCACGGUUGGAUCCGUAGAGCAGUCCUGUGGCACUCCUGGUCAGAGUUGCCUUGCCCCAGGCACAGACAGGACCGAAGGGAGUGGCCCCUGCUUCCUGUCUUAGAGCAAAAGGUUUGGUGAGACACGGGAAAGGUGUGGAGGGGCUGGGCGAACCCAGCGCUUUUCGCCGAUUUCCUGGUUUACCGAUGAUAUUUCCUGAGCCCGCAUGUUACGGUACCUCUCGCUGUAGUCACGCUGGGCCACAUAGAAGACACUGCCAUUAGGUGCGAGCCCCUCGAUAACAGAAGAGGCACUUUCGUGGUUGUCUUUAAUUGGCUGGCUUGUCUCACCGGAGGCAAAACCCUUUCCUUGUUUAAUCAUUUGUAUAAUGUGCAGUUCAUAGCCUGUGAUGUGCCGUUUUUUAUAACCUACUGUCACAACUGUGUCCAAUAGCCUAUAGCCAGACAGAAUAUUUUUUAUCUCGAUAGAAAAAAAAAGAAUUGAAAAGAAAAUAAGGGAAUAUCAUGAAUAUAUGUAUAGAUUAUUUACAUUUGUGUGUGGUUUGAGUGGGCUUUUCAUGUGGAGGUACCUUAAGGAUGUGUCCCUGGACCUGCCAGCGGACGUUAGCACUGUCUGUGACCCCUAACUCCCAGCCCUAGUCUGACACUCAUACAUUCCAAGGACAAAGGGAGUGUCCGUCUGGAACUUCCACUGUGCUCCUAAACUGCUGGCUGAGAUGUUGCCAGAUCUGUCCAUUUCUGCGUGUAUGUGUGCGUCAUAAAUGAAUUAUGAUAAUAGUAAUAAUAGCCUUGCACUUUACCUUGUUGAAAUAUGAAACCUGAUCAUGUUUGUUGUACUGUCAGAAAAAAAGGCAUGUCAGAAGAAAAAAAAAACACAUUCCACUUUCUUUCAUGCCCCAGGUCCCAGAUAUUCCUGCAUGUGACAAACUGUGUCUGACGUUUAACAUAGACCAAUGUUGGACUGGAGUUGAUGAGCCAGAACCAAAAGUUACCGCAAUGACACUGUCCAGUGACAACAGUGACACUUUGUGGUCUCAGAGUGGAGUUGUGAAUGAUUAGGAAAUGUACAGUAGAAUCAAACAGCUUUAAUUUUUGAAAUAAAUUGUCGCGUUUCAUGCGUUUGUGAAACGUGACAAGUGCACACUGUCUUUGUGAAACUGGCCGUACCUGUGGGUGUGUCUGCGGUUACUGAGUGCUGUGGUCAUGUGAGCUCAUAGCCUCAAGGCAUAAAAAAUGCAACUAUUUGAUUGUGCUUGUGCUGCACACGCAUCUGUCAUGCUGGUGGUGCGUAUGACUUCCACCACUGCAGGUGUAUGAUCCGUGAUGGAGGCAAUAUGUGCGUAGGAUGCACGUGUCUGCUAUGCCCGUCCUGCAUGAAAGAUCCAUGAAAAAAACAUGGCGGACUGGCAGCCGCACAUACUGGAAAGCACAGCCUGGGACUGGUGUUCACCCACGUGGACCACUGUUCACAGAUUCAAAGAUAAUUUAUUGUGUGGCUGUUAGUGUCGGAACUGAAAAAAAGAAAUCUAACAUUAGCUUUGUUCUUCCUUUUGAAAACUGAUCUUAAAUGUCCUGACAGUUUUCAUAAUAUUUUUCCUUUUUUAAGAAAAAAGGUAUUUUUGUUGUUGAGUGUAUGUGUGGCAUCCGGCAUGGACCUAAAUCCCACAGGGGCAAUCACUGCCAGACUGAACGUUUCCUACAACUUUGACACUGACAUUGAUGGCAGAGGAGGAGAAUGCCAUGUGACACAGACAAAAAUACAGUUAUGUCACAGAGAUCACAGGAUCCAAUCUGGCUUCCUAUUAUUCCUGUGCACAGGGUCAGUUAGUGGGCAGAAAGAGGAAAUAUUGUGAUGUCAUUGUUACAUGUUUCAUGUACAGCGGUCUUGGUACUAGACCCUUAAAGGGAUGAAAAGGGAUUGUUUUCUCCUGUUGCUCCCCUCCUACUCCCCAAUUGUUGUAGUAACUCCCCUGCAUUCUCUGAAACAACGAAACAGCGCCACCAGCGACAUUUUUGACCUGUUAACCCAGAUCCAAAUUGCGUCAGUAAAAGCACAGGCGUUAAUGCACCGAGUGUGGUUUAAAUGUCUCUCUGCAUACGCAAAAAAAAAAGGACAUGAAGUUAUGGGUAAACUAAAAAAAGCUCCUCCCCUUUAAGAUAUUUUAUGUAGUAACAUUGUAGCUUAGUAGUAACAAAAUACACUUUAUAAAUGCGGAGUAACCAAGCUUCAAACACUUCUUUGUUUACAGUGUGUUUACGUGUACAAAUUAUCAGCAACCUUUUGAUAAGAACACGAAUUAGCUGAGAAACUUUACCAAUUUAAUCCCAUUGUUCAUUCUCUGUUGGUACAUUCUAGGUUAUGAUGCUUUGUAAAUGUAAUUUGUAUGGCCUAAUCUAAAGUGUUACUUGUUAGUAAGGGUAUUUCUAAAGGUUCCUACUGUUGUGGGAGGGUACAAUAUAAGUGACAAACGUCAGAAUACUCUUUCUUUAUAAGUUAAGGGGUUCUAGAGUUAAUAGUUUAACCAACUUGCAUUAUUCUGCUGUCUGUUUUUUAUCAUACCAAUGUCGUCCCCUUUGUUGCGAGCUUAUAUUUGAUGUUCGUGUUGUUCAUUACUGGAAUAAAUAAGUGAUAUGAGAAAAACAGAUAUGUGAUUAUACCAAAACAUGCAAGCUUUUCUUUUUCACAAAAUAUUUUAACUGAAUGCUUUAUAAGAGUAAUAAAAGGUUGAUGGUUUUGAUUACCUUGUAAA